AUGCGUGGGCGGGUGCGGGUCUCCUGCCUGGUCUCCGCCCUGCUCGCCGCGCCUAGACAGUCCUUGUGUCGCUGGCGCAGCGCCUGCGAUCGCCGCCUAACAGCCGCGGCUUCUCGCAUCCCGCCGCCGGGAUCGGCGUCGCGACUGCCGCCCGCGAUGAAGCAGAGGAGCAUUGCUAGCUUCUUCGGGUCGCCGGUGGUGGGGGCGAGGGGGGGGCCCUCGAGCAGCGGCGGGGAUGGCGGGAGGGUAAAGGCUUUGGAGCCGGGCGCCGCGCCCAAGCGCCCGGGCGAUGAGCCCAAGCCCACGUCCAAGCCACAAGCCGCCCAGGCCAGGAGCCCGCCAAAAGGGAAACGCCCGUCGCAGGACUACGGUGUUGAUGCGCCGAGGAAGCCGAAGAGGCUGCGAAAGGCGAAGGGACAGGGAAAGGCUGCUCAACCGGAGGGUGUGGCGGCGGAGGAGGACGUGAUCGAUUCCCAAAUGGAGAGUCCUCGAAAUGAAGAAGGGCGAGGGCAGGCCGCGAGCGUCGCAGACGUCGCGGGAGCGUGUCUGGCGGAUUCAGGAAAGGAAGAUGGCAGCCAAGGAGCUGAUCAUUCGGACACUGAGAGCGAUGCGGACUCGCGGACCUCUGCGAGCAGCGAAAGCGAGGUGUCCGCUGAGAAUUUGGGUGGCAGGAAGGCGGGGAAGAAUGGGAUUGCGGAGCCGGGCGGCGGCACGCCUGGGAAGGGGAAGGCGACGCGCAGCCCGGCGGCUAAGAAGCGGGGGAAGAAGAAGGCGGCCCAGAGCAAAGCUGGCAAGGUGGAAGGAGUGGGAGCUGCCUCCGAAGCAGCUGCGGCCUUGUACAGUGAAUUCAAGGAAGAGGACUAUGAGGACUGGGAUGCUGCAAAAGGUGCCCCCUACAAAGUUCUCACUGACACAUUCCAAAAGAUCGGCAAUACCACCAAGAGGCUUGAAAUAACGCUGCUGCUGACAAACACAUUCCGGAGGAUCAUAAAGAGGAGUGCAGGCGACCUGCUGCCUGCUGUCUAUCUGUGUGUGAAUAGAGUGGCUCCUGCUCAUGAGGGUCUGGAGCUGGGGCUGGGCGAUGCGACUCUCAUCAAGGCCAUCGCCCAAGCGACUGGGAAGAAGGAAGCCCUCAUCAAGAGUCAGUAUGAAGAGAGUGGGGACCUUGGCACAGUGGCAGUGUCAGCCAGACACACGCAGCGGGUGCUGUUCCCGUUGCCGCCGUUGACCAUCUCAGGCAUGUUUCAGGCAUUCAAGGCCAUCGCCAUGGCACAGGGCAGCAAGUCUCAGGACCAGAAGAAGCAGAUGAUCGGGAAAUUGUUUGUGUCCAGCAAGGGCAACGAGGCUGGCUACAUAGUUCGGUCGCUUCAGGGCAAAUUGCGCAUCGGCCUCGCUGAGCAGACAGUGCUGACAUCCCUGGCACACGCAGUCCUGUUGGAGAGGGACAGCACAAGCGGCAAAGGCAGCCUGGCAGAGCGGUUGGAGAAAGCUGCACAGACUGUGAAGCAGGUUUACAGCCUGUGCCCGACUUACAAUGUGGUGGUCCCUGCGCUGUUGGAGCAUGGCCUCGACGACCUCAGCAAACAUGCACCCUUCUCUCCUGGCAUGCCUGUGCGUCCAAUGUUGGCAAAGCCCACAAGUGGUGUCUCAGAAGUGCUGGACAAAUUCUCAGACUGUGCGUUUACCUGCGAGUACAAAUAUGAUGGCGAGCGUGCCCAGAUCCACGUGUGGCACGACGAUGCUGGCAAACAAAAAGUGCAGAUCUACAGCCGCAAUGCAGAAAACAACACAUCGAAGUACCCGGACCUUGUGGCUCGGAUGGCAAGUUGCCUGAAGGAGGGCGUCAAAUCUGCAGUGCUGGACUGUGAGGCUGUGGCCUAUGACAUUCAGCAGAAGCGAAUUCUGCCUUUCCAGGUGCUGAGCACGCGAGCCAGGAAAGAUGUGACUGUGACCGACAUCAAGGUCCAAGUCUGCUUGUUUUGUUUUGACUGCCUGUACUUUAACGGCCGCCUCCUGUUCCAAGAGCCUCUGACAGGGCGGCGGCAGGUCUUGAACUCAGUCAUCAAGGAGAAGGAGGGCGAAAUUCAGUUCGCCAAAGCCAUGGUUUCACGUGAGGUGGAGGAGCUUGAGGGCUUCCUCAAUGAUGCUGUUGCAGCUGGCACAGAGGGUUUGAUUGUGAAAACGCUGGAUGCCACCUACGAGCCUUCCCAGCGGUCACUGAACUGGCUGAAACUGAAGAAAGACUACCUCGAGGGCUGUGGCGACACCUUCGACGUGGUACCGAUAGGAGCAUGGCAUGGGAAGGGCAAGAGGAAGGGUGGCUAUGGAUCAUUCCUUCUGGCGAUCUACAACCCAGGGCUGGAGGAGCUGCAGACAAUAUGCAAGAUCGGAACUGGCUUCUCUGAAGAACAGCUGAAGGAGCUGUCAGACCAGAUGAGAGGUUACGUGAUAGGCAAGCCAAAAAAGUACUACAGCUAUGGAGAGACCCUGAUUCCCGAUGUGUGGUUCGAUGCAAAGGCCGUCUGGGAGAUCAAGGCAGCAGACUUGUCCAUCAGCCCUGUGCACCAGGCGGCACGGGGCAUGGCAGACCCCUCGAAGGGGAUCUCCAUCAGGUUUCCACGCCUUGUGAGGGUACGAGAUGACAAGGCUCCCGAGGACGCGACCACCGCAGAGCAAGUCACUGAAAUGUACCAACAGCAGACUUUGGUGCAGGCGAAGAAGAAGUCCAGAAGGGACAUGGAUUGA